CUGCGUUUUAGUGCCAGCUGGAAGGGUGCUACGACGGACGGGACCCGAAGCUAUGGACCCAACGGCGUGACAGCUGAGUCGAUGGCGUUGCUAAAGUUGGAUAAUGUUUGGCCUUGAACCGUGAUAAUAUUAACGUGGUAUGCAUUUAACGGCAAUGAGUGCGGUAUCACUUGUUAGAUAGGAAAACGAGAGAGAGAGAGGGAGCGAGAGAGCGAGAGAGAGAGGAGCCAAAGUGGACUCCCUCCGUCGGUUGCGCCGUUCCGCCCGAUGGAGGCUGACGGGACCUUUGCAGAGAGCUGGAGGCCCGGAGUGUCACCUGUGAAACGUCCACACCUGGCUGUACAACGUCAUUAAAGGAGGACACUAGGCUUUUGACGACUUAUUUGACAACUUCUCAGCUUGAAUUCGUUAUUAAAAAGUUCGCAGGUCGACGUUAAGCUGCGAGAGGCAACCCCUCGAGCAAGAUGACCAUGAUAGAUAUCACUUAAAGAGAGGUUACUCGCCGCCUCAGGUAAAGAUAAUACAGGUGAGAAACACGCCGCAGCCUUUUUUUUUUGGACAUCAGGUUUGUUCAAUAAAGUUAGCAUAUAUCUCCUCCAGUACUAAGUUGACUCCCUGGCCCCUCGUUGUGCUCCGAGAACGGAUUGGUCGUGUCUCUCGAACAUUUUAAAGGACUUCUUUCUGGACAUUUCAUCAUCAAGUGUUCUUCCACAUCAACCAUGUCAUUCAAAGACAACCCCUGUCGGAAAUUUCAAGCCAACAUUUUCAACAAAAGUAAAUGUCAGAACUGCUUUAAGCCCCGGGAAUCACAUUUGCUCAACGACGAAGACUUAAAUCAGGCAAAACCUAUAUACGGAGGAUGGUUGCUGCUUGCACCCGAGGGAACAAAUUUUGACAAUCCUUUACACAGAUCCCGGAAAUGGCAAAGGAGGUUCUUCAUUCUGUACGAACAUGGCUUACUUCGCUAUGCCCUGGACGAAAUGCCCAGCACUCUGCCCCAGGGUACAAUCAACAUGAAUCAGUGCUCCGAUGUCAUCGAUGGAGAGUCCAGGACUGGUCAGAAGAACUCGCUGUGUAUCCUGACCCCCGACAAAGAGCACUUCAUCCGGGCUGAGUGUAAAGAAAUCAUCAACGGAUGGCAGGAGGCUCUGACUGUGUAUCCCAGAACCAACAAGCAGAACCAGAAGAAAAAACGCAAGGUCGAUCCACCCACUCAACAGGGUGGAGUCACUCCAAGCCAGUGUAAUUCCACUGAGGACAUGAAUGGACACCCAGAGCCUGGCCCCGCCAAGGUGACAGUGACCAGCAGCAACAGUGGAGGCAGCAUCCCGUGCCUGCCCAGCAGCAUCGCCAGUGCUGAGCGUGUCCCAAUGAGCCGUGCCACUCUGUGGCAGGAGGAGAGCCGCUGGAGCAGGGCCACCAUCCCCUGUAGCCGCAGUGCCUCCUGUCUCAGCCAGCUGAGCCAGAGCCAACCAGACUCCAGUAUCACUACUCAAGAUGAUGGUGGCACCAUGAGCACUGGACGCAAGGUACGAGUGGAGAGCGGUUACUUUUCCCUGGAGAAGACCAAGUCGGAGCCCUCUCCACAGCCUACACCGCAUUCCCAGCCACCUCAGCCGCCUCAACAUCUACCCCUGUCCUCUUCAUUAUCUUCCUCCUCAUUAGGAGCUCCCAGUCCCAGGUACAACUCUGAGUCAGAACCCCAAACUUCCCCUUAUCAACCCUCCCAAGAUCCUCUCCCCUCUCCAGGUUCCCUCAUUUCCCCCAGCUACUCCACCAUCAGCUCCUCCCAGAGCUCGCUGGACUCUGAACCCAGCAGUAGUGCACCAGCCUGGGAGGGCCACGGUGGUGGUGGAGGUAGUACCAGUAGUGUCAGUGGAGGAGGAGGCAGACUGGGCCGGUCUGGCAGGGAAUAUGCAGCGCUAUCUGACGUGCCACGGGCUCGCAGGCUGACCUACCGCGAAGCUUUCCGUUCAGACAAAAAGCGUCAAGAGCUGAGGGCACGCACACGCAGUCCUGGCAGAGAGGAGGUGGCUCGGCUGUUUGGGGAGGAGCGCAGGCGUUCUCAAGUCAUCGGCCGUUUUGAGGAGGGUCAACCUGUGGAGCAUAUGGACACCAGUAGCUCCAAUGAGCUGACCUCCAACAUCACUCUAAUCCAGAGACAAGGCCGCAGCGAGAGACGCUAUCUUUCUAACAAACAUGAGUUGUCACUGGAUGCAGGAAAGGACCGUUCAGUCCCUGAUGUGUCCACCUCCAAUUUUGCCAACUUAAGAAGAGCCAAGUCACUGGACCGCAGAGUCACUGAGUCCUCAAUGACUCCAGAUCUGCUGAACUUCAAAAAAGGAUGGAUGACCAAGCUGUAUGAAGAUGCAGUGUGGAAGAAACACUGGUUUGUUCUCACAGAUCAGAGUCUAAAGUACUACAAGGAUUCAAUAGCUGAGGAGGCUUCAGAACUGGAUGGUGAGAUUGACCUUUCCACAUGUUAUGAUGUCAAAGAGUUCCCAGUCCAGAGGAAUUACGGCUUUCAAAUCCUGUAUAAAGAUGGAGCAUGCACCCUGUCGGCCAUGACCUCUGGAAUCCGUCGCAACUGGAUUCAGGCCAUCAUGAAGAAUGUGCGACCCAUCAUUGCCCCUGAUGUCACCCGAUCCCUCCCCGAGGAGAAGAUAAAAGCUCAAGUGACGCUGGAGCCGUGUCUACAGGCCACCCCUGAGCUAAGCCCCAGUCCUGAAUCACCCAAGAUUGAUGUCAACAGACAGCCAGCUGGCAACAAUGCUUCCACCCCUCCCUCUGAGCCACGAAAAAGCAGAGUUCGUGAGCGCAGACGAGAGGGCCGCUCGAAGACCUUUGACUGGACUGAGUUCAAAAUGGAACAGACAGAAAAGCCUGUGAAAGAACGGGCAGACACAGUUGACCUCAGCUCAUCGUUCUCCACAACCUCCUCCUACUGCUCACCCUCCUCUUCCCAUUCCUCAUUAGCUUCCUCUCCUGUCUCUACCUCCUCCCUCCAAACGUCCUCUUUAUCAGGUGCUCACCCACCUUCUAUGACAGAAGAAACAGAAAAGGAGAAUAUAAGGAGAGGUAUCCCUCCACACAGCACAACCAGUGCAACCCACAUGCCAAAUACGGUUACUGUUACCUUGACGUCCACGUUAAACACUACAUCACCAGUACAGCCAUCAAUGCCUGAAUGCCAAGAGCAAGGAAAGAUGGAGGUAGACCACCCUGAAGCUGUGCAUACUGCUAGUAAAGAUAAGAAGGACAAGAGAACCCCAGCUGUCCAGGAAGAGAUUGAGCAGCGAUGGCAUCAGGUGGAGACAACACCGUUAAGAGAGGAGAAGCAAGUGCCCAUCAACACAGCUGUAGGAAACUCUGGUAACUCUGACAGAUUGCCUGCACAUGAGCUUGCAGCGCUACUAGACAAAGAGUUGGGACAAAAGCAGAAGGAGCUGGACCGACUGCAGAAGCAGAACAACUGUUUAAAAGAGCAGCUCGAAGAUGCUCUCGGGAGAGAACAAAGUGCCAGAGAGGGCUAUGUAUUGCAGGCCACGUGUGAACGUGGCUUUACAGCAAUGGAAGAAACACACCAAAAGCUGAUUGAAGACCUCCAGAGGCAGCAUCAGAGGGAGAUUUCCAAACUUAUGGAAGAGCGAGAGAGGCUAUUGGCUGAGGAGACUGCCGCUACAAUUGCUGCUAUUGAAGCGAUGAAGAAUGCACACAAGGAGGAGCUGGAGAAGACCCAGCGCUCCCAGCUGAGUGGACUGAAUUCUGACAUUGAUGAACUUCGAUUACAAUAUGAGGAGGAGCUUCAGUCCAUCCAGAGGGAACUGGAGGUGUUGUCAGAGCAGUACUCUCAGAAAUGUCUAGAGAACGCUCACCUGGCCCAGGCACUGGAGGCUGAGAGGCAGGCCCUCAGACAGUGUCAGAGAGAGAAUCAGGAGCUGAACGCUCACAACCAGGAAUUAAAUAACAGGCUGACUACAGAGAUCACUCGGAUGCGCUCUUGUUUCAGUGGUGAAACUGCAUUGUCACCACUUACCCACGGCAAAGAUGUUUAUGAACUGGAGGUGCUGCUUCGAAUUAAGGAGUCGGAGAUCCAGUAUCUUAAACAGGAAAUCCACUCUUUGAAAGACGAACUGCAAUCUGCUUUGAGGGACAAGAAAUAUGCCACAGACAAAUACAAAGAUAUCUAUACAGAGCUCAGCAUUGUGAAAGCAAAGGCUGACUGCGACAUCAGCAAACUGAAGGAGAAGCUGCUUAUCGCCACGGAAGCAUUAGGCGAGAGGACUGUUGACGGAACAGUUACAUCUGGAUACGACAUUAUGAAAUCAAAAAGUAAUCCAGAUUUCCUGAAAAAAGAACAAUCCAAGCUGUCAAGAGGAGUAAGGUCAAAGUCUGUCAUUGAACAGGUCUCAUGGGAUAGCUGACACUCCCAAUGUGGGGUGAUUCUCCCCCCCCAAACCCCACCCCAAGAUGUGCUGUAGAGCCUGAAAGAGGGACUAACUGUGCAGGAGCGCAUGAAGCUUUUUGAGGCGAAAGAUUCCAAAAAGAUUUAAAUCUCAAGAAUCUUAAGUUUCUUUUGUCGUUCCUGGCCUUGGUUUUUGACCAGAUUGCCAUGGCUGUGCCAGCAGCAGCUGAUGACUCUCAUAGGAAAUGGGGGAAAAAAGGUCAAUUCUAAAACUGGACCUGCUGCUUUCAUGCCUCUGAUAAGUUAAGAUAUUUUUAUUUGAUAUUCUUUUUAAUUCAUGGAAAAAAGUUUUACUGAAUGAAUCUUGUCUAGCUUUCUUUAAAAAAAAACACAUAGGUAUAUAAUCUGUCUAAGGUGGAGAUGUGUCAAAUAAGCUGUGAGAGGGAUACAUGGCAGCAUUUUGUUUUUUAUUGAUCCUCCAAAAUGCCAAAACAGACAGCAAUACACAGUAUGAAUAAUAUAUAUUUCCCAAUAUGGAUUAAGUAUCUGCUGUAUUUUAUUAUUGUUACAAUUUCUAUAUCUAAUAGUUUUUAAUGUGUUUAAUGGUGCACCUGUUCUGUUGUACAUAACUACUGGAUAUAUGUAAGAGUAUGGUUUGCUAUUGAUUGUGUGGGGCAUCUGCUGUACUAUAACUAUGGUUUGAUUGAUAGUGGAAAACAAUGUGAUGCUUAACUUGCUUAUGUAUGAGAGUUUUAUAAAGUGGAGUGUCUGUGUGUGAAGGGGGAAAAGCAGGGUGGGAUUGCACUUAUCACUUGACUACUUGAGGAAGCUUUUUUUGUCUCAAAUUGGUGUAGUGACUUCAAGUCAAUUAUUGCAGUGCAACCAAACAUCAUGACUUCUGUCAAACUUAGUGAACAGCCGUGACUUGUUAGUGAUUACUGGAUUAUUAUUUUUUAAGUUUCUUAAAACCUUUGUGUUUGCUCAGUUUUGACUUGAUGUGUGAGAGUAUCAUCUCAAAAAAACUAUUUAGGACUUUGCAUGACUGUACAGUAUAAUUUGAAUUGCAGAAUGAUCAUGUUGCCUCAUUUUCCUACUUUAUGCUUAGUGUGGAACUCUUAACACUAAUAAGCUUUGCUUUGCAAGUCCUACUGUUUAGGUGUUGAGAUUGAAAUGUUUUACUGUAAGCGGCAGUCUUGAAGCACUUGGCCCAAUCCCUCGACCUCUCACUGAAAUCUAGUCGUGCCUCAACUGAGUGAAGAAUAUAAACAUCCAUGAAACCUGUGCAGCUAUGGAAACACACUGUAUAGUAUUCAAACCACGCCUUGUAUAUACGUAUGCCACAUGGAAGACUUCUGUGUUUUUGUUUUAAACUUGUACCUUGCUCACUAGCUCUAUAUGAAAUAUAUAUGAAUAUUUUUUAUUUUCAUUUGAAUGUAUAACGUCAAAUAAAUGAAGUGUUUGGAAA